GGUCUCUCCCUCAUCGUGCUCUUAUAGUUGGACGCGACUUGACUACGGGGGCCUUUGGGCCUACCAGGUUCCUUCAGUCCCCUUCACCGCCUGUCGAUCUCUCCUUGAAACCAGUUCCUUCGCGUUAUUCGCCCCUGUCUUGUCUGAAGCAUGCCAUCCUUCAUGGACAGACUAUAUUCGCGAAGGAAACACGACUCCAUCGUCUUGACGCCGCAGGCACCGCGGAUUCAGAGGAUCCCGCUGCCUGACGUAGGGGGAGGAGAUAUGCUUAUGAACUCACGACCAGCUAUGGAAAACGUUCCACCACCCCCAAAGCCCCGCCAUCACCAUCGCCCAUCAAUGGAUGAAGGAUACAGCACGUCACCGGAAGCUUCGACGAGCUCCAGACGUCCAUCAAAUGCAUCUCGGACCCCACAAGCGCAACCUAUGAAGGGUAUCUUGAAGCACGUGGAGACACCUAUCGUGCACAUCGCACGCAUCCAAACCGACGGGUACACUUCUAGCCCGGAGAAGAUCGUCACGUCCCGAUAUGAUUCAUCUCGAGGUCGGCGCUCCAGGCUGCCAUCACAGCCUCCGCCCGUCUCACCGCCGUCAGUAACCCCUCCUGUCAGCCUCCACUGGUCUCUGCUGCCAUAUGAUCACCACGUAUCCAAGUCUCGACUUGUGUUCGACGCCAGAAUCCCUAUUCGAAACAUCAGCUUUCUGAAUACGUGGCCACCUCGUCCACUCACCACCAUCGAACGCGAAAAGCCUGCCGCAAAUCCGCCACUAACGGAGAUGGUGAUCUGCUGCAAGGCCGCUCCCGAGUGGCCGGUCAACAUUUCGCGCCCCACGGGGAUUCGGUGCAUCGACGUCUGGGAAGCUAUCCGUGAGACUUUCGAUCUCGUCGUUACGAGCGCUGAGCGAAACAAAUGGGCGAGUCGCGUUCAGUCCGGCCAACCGGCGUUCCGCGAACGUUGCCGCAUCACUCACGCGCCACAGACGGAGAGUAUGCGGAGGGUAGACCUUCUCUGCGGAAAUGUCAUGUUCUUUGGUUUGGAAUGGACCCCGCCAAAUGAGAAAUACCCGGAAGGUUCGUGGUUGAUGAGGAUGGGCCCGUCAAUCGUCGAACCACAGAAGGUCACGCUAUAACACUCUUUUUGGGCCGGACCCUUACUCAACAAAUUUAUGACCCACUCCAUUCAUUUUCGCACAUUUGUUUGCCUGCAGGACAUCAGUAUCACACACACCCACUUUCACCCCCCCUCAUCAGCUGCUUCCCCUGUAACAAUUGUAAUAGUUUCCCUGCGAGGCCAUCGCCGUCUCCAAAGGGUGAGGGCGACUUCGCUUCAUUUCUGGAUUCAAUGACGGCUUCGCACCACGUAGCUGUAGCCAAAGAUGCACUUCACAUGUACCUCACCUAUACCUCACCUGUCAUAUGUUCUUAAGUCUAUUAGUAGGGUAAUCCAUAUUCUCCGCAUGCAC